CUUAAAUGCAGUUUCUUUUUAGGACUGCUUCUACACAUCUUUUUCAACGCUCUUUUUAUUCAACUAUGUUUGAUACACAAGUAUUAAAAGUCGUUCCAGAAAAUUUUACCUUUAAAAAGUCCAUAGGAACUGAUGAAUUCUCUGAAUUAAAUGCGAACAGUGUCAUUAGUACCAAAAACGAUAAGUUAGCCAUUGAGAAAGCAGUCGAGUGGUUAAAGAAAGGUGAAGCAGUUGGUAUUCCUACAGAAACUGUCUAUGGUCUUGCUGCUAAUGCACUUGAUGCAAAUGCUGUUUCAAAAAUUUUUGCUGCUAAAAAUCGUCCUCAAGAUAACCCAUUAAUUGUCCAUGUGUCAUCGAUCAACAUGUUAAAGAGUAUCUUACCUGACAACACAAUUCCUGAAGUUUAUUUACCAAUUAUUCGUAAGCAUUGGCCAGGACCAUUGACCAUCGUUCUUCCUACUUCCCAAUUAAUUCCCAAUUCCGUAACCUGCGGUCAUCCUACUGUUGCUGUUCGCUUUCCUUCACAUCCUGUUGCUCGAAGCCUGAUUGAAGCCUGUGGAUUUCCUUUAGCUGCACCUUCUGCCAAUUCUUCUGGUAAGCCAUCACCUACACUAGCUAGUCAUGUCUACCAUGAUCUUCAAGGUCGUAUUCCGUUCAUUCUUGAUGGUGGAUCAUGCAAUGUGGGUGUUGAAAGUACUGUAUUAGAUGGAUUACGUAAUCCACCUGCUAUUUUGCGACCAGGAGGUCUAACAUAUGAAGAGCUCAAAGAAAUCAAAGGUAUGGAGCAAUUACAGGUAUAUAGAAAAGAUUUUGUAGAUAAAGAAUUAGAAAUGGCACCUACAACGCCAGGCAUGAAAUAUAGACAUUAUUCACCGGAAGCCAUGGUGAUCUUAAUUGAUCGUAAAAGGGAUAGCAAAGAAUUUGAGGAAAAUUUUGAAAAAGCAUGGAAAGAGGAAUUGAAUGCAAUUCGAACAUCAGGCAUGGUUGUGUCCAAGAUUGGUAUGUUGCGUACAACACAAGAAGGAAAGACGGCUACUUGGGAAACAAUAUCUAUGGUGGAUGAUCAAACAAAAUGUAUUUCUCUUCAAAUGGGUCGAUAUGGACACCCUGAAGAAGUUGCUCGUGGCAUGUUUAAAGGUCUUCGUGAAUUAGAUGGACGAUCUGUUAAUGUUAUAUUUGUUGAAGGUAUUCCUGAAGAUAGAGAGGGUAUGGCUGUUAUGAAUAGAUUGAGAAAAGCUGCAACUAAAGUUUUAGAAGUUUAAGUGUAUAUCAUACCAUUGUAAAUUAUCUCCCCCUUCCUUCCUUUAUUAUAAUAUUUAUACAUGUAUAAAAAAAA